UCAUCUAUUUUUGAACAACAUCGUGAAAUAAUAGCAAGUAAAACUGGUGAAUAUCAAAAAAUGUUGAAGGAUAGAAUAGAAAAAUUCGAAAAGGAUUUGGAACUUUAUGCCAAAUAUUGCAACGAAUUGCAAUAUUGGGGUAAUAUCGAUGAAAUAUAUCGUUACCAAAAAAAGGCUAAAAGUUUGGAAAACAAAAUAAUAGCUGCCAUGGAACUGAUCGAUAGUUUUAACGAGGAGGAACAAUUGUUCGAUUGGGAAAUGUCUCAAUAUCCGUUAAGGAAACAGAUUGCUGAUAAAUUAUCACCUUACAAAAAAUUAUACGACGUGGCAUGUGAAUUUUUGACGAGUUACGAUAAUUGGAUGAAUUCUAUGAUUGGUUCGCACGAUCCGGAAAAAAUAGAAUCAGAAACUGCAACUGCUUAUCGUACCGCGUAUAAAUUGGAAAAAAUUAUUCAGGAACCAAUAGCUAAAAAAUUAGCGGAAGUUAUAGUUAGUAGGAUAGAAGAAUUCAAAGAACAUAUGCCGGUUAUAAUGACAUUAGGAAAUCCAUUUAUGAAAAUUCGUCAUUGGGAACAGGUUUCGGAAAUUGUUGGAUUCCCGAUAAAAAUUGAUAAAAGUAUGACAUUGGCCAAGGUUUUGGAUUAUGGUUUGGCCGAUUACGUUAAAAAAUUUGAUAUAAUUUCGGAGUAUGCCACGAAGGAAGGAAAUUUGGAGAAAGCAUUGAAUAAAAUGUAUUUGGAUUGGGCAGACGUAUCAUUUACGGUUAAUCCUUAUCGCGAUACUGGCACUUACGUUAUAGCAAGUGUCGAUGAAAUACAAUUAUUAUUGGAUGAUCAUUUGACUAAAGCACAGACUAUGAAAAAUUCUCUUUACAUCAAACCAUUUGAACAAGAAACACUUGAAUGGGAAACAAAAUUACUUUUGUUGCAAGAUAUCAUGGAUUAUUGGUUAGCCGUGCAAUCAACAUGGAUGUAUCUUGAACCAAUAUUUUCAUCUCCGGAUAUUCAACAACAAAUGCCGGAAGAAGGUAGACGAUUUAGUGCCGUUGAUAAGAUUUGGCGAGAGAUCAUGACAGUUGUUGUAAAUGAUCCAAAAGUAAUGUCGGUUAUACAAAUCGAAAAGAUGUUGGAACGUUUAAAGAAAUGCACAAAUUUACUCGAUCUAGUGCAAAAAGGUUUGGUAGCGUAUUUGGAGAAAAAAAGAUUAUACUUUGCUAGAUUUUUCUUUUUAUCUAACGACGAGUUAUUAGAGAUAUUAUCGGAAACUAAAGAUCCUACCAGAGUACAACCACAUUUGAAGAAAUGUUUCGAGGGUAUUGCUAAACUUAGUUUCACGGAUAAAAUGGAAGCAACUACUAUGGAAUCUUCGGAAGGUGAAACGGUCAUGUUGGAAGAUAUAAUUGACACCGUUGCUGCACGAGGACAAGUAGAAAAGUGGCUUUUACAAUUGGAGACUGUUAUGAAGAAGAGCGUUAGGGCACAAGUCAUAAGAGCAAAAGAUGCAUUCGAAACUAAAGCUAGAUCACUAUGGACGUUAGAUUGGCCUGGUCAAACAAUUUUAUGUGUCAGCAAACUUUAUUGGACUGCUCAUACGACAGAUGCAUUUUUUUCUGGCCUUGACGGUCUUAAAAAUUAUAUUCAAACUUGUACAAAUGAACUUAAUGAAAUUGUCUCCUUAGUACGAGGCAAAUUGUCCAAACAAAAUCGAACGACCUUGGAAGCUUUAGUAACUUUAGAUGUUCACGGAAGAGACGUUUUAACAGAAUUAUUUGAACAAGGAGUUAUCGAAGCAACCGAUUUUAAAUGGCUUUCUCAAAUGAGAUAUUAUUGGACAAAAAACGAUUUAUGCGUGAUGAUGAUAAACACGACAUUACAAUACGCUUAUGAGUAUUUAGGUAAUUCGUCGAGAUUAGUGAUAACACCAUUGACAGAUAGGUGUUACAGAACAUUAUUCGGUGCAUUGCAUUUAAAUCUUGGCGGUGCACCAGAAGGUCCUGCUGGUACUGGUAAAACAGAAACCACGAAGGACAUGGCAAAAGCUGUUGCUAAACAAUGCGUUGUUUUCAAUUGUUCCGAGGUAUUCUGUCAGAUCUUUUCCCAAACGUGACACUUCCUACGCCAGAUUACACCCAUUUGAACGAAUGUACGCAAAAGGCUUGCGAUAAAAUGAAUAUUCAAUGCGUUCCGGUAUUUCUCGAAAAGAUACAACAGAUUUAUGAAAUGAUGAUCGUCAGACAUGGUUUCAUGAUCGUUGGUUUACCAUUUGGUGGAAAAACAACGGCAUAUAGAAUAUUAUCUGAAGCACUUAAAUUAUGCGAAGAACAGAAUCUUUUGGAAGAACACAAAGUAGAGAUAACCGUGAUUAAUCCCAAAGCUAUAACUAUGGGCCAAUUAUAUGGUGAAUUUGAUUCUGUUUCACAUGAUUGGAAGGAUGGUAUUUUAGCAGUGAGCUAUCGUGCUUUUGCUAAUUCUACCAAUAACAAUCGCAAAUGGUUAAUCUUUGACGGACCCAUAGACGCAUUUUGGAUCGAAAGUAUGAACACGGUUUUGGACGAUAAUAAGAAAUUAUGUCUUAUGAGCGGUGAGAUUAUACAAUUGGCACCAACUACCAAUUUACUUUUCGAACCGAUGGAUCUCGAAGCUGCAUCCCCGGCAACAGUAUCACGUUGCGGUAUGAUUUAUAUGGAGCCAAGUGCGUUAGGAUGGAAUCCAUUAUUAAAAUCAUGGAUUGCUAUGACUCCUGAAAAAAUAAAUCCUUGGUUAAAGAAUUUCCUUUAUGAAUCAUUGUUCAUGAGAUUUUGCAAACCAUUAUUCCGUUUUUUACGUCGCGGUAAUGUAAAGGAAUUAUGUCCGAUGCCAGAUUCGAAUCAUUUGAGAUCAAUUACAUAUCUGAUGGAUUGUUUCAUCGAGGAAUAUCGGGAUGAGAAAAUAGCUAAACAUAUUGAUGAAUAUGAUCUUCGUGCCCAAGUAGAGGGAUCAUUUUUCUUUUCUUGUAUCUGGGCAAUGGGUGGUACAUUAGAGGCAAGUUCCAGAGAACAAUUCAAUAUAUUAUUCCGUGGUUUUAUGGAAAAGGAAUUUCCAUUAUCUUUGAUGGAAAUUUAUCAUAUAGAAGAAACUAUACCACAACCAGAAAAACCAUACAUAUUCGUCAUGCCUAAGGAUCAUCUUGUCUUUGAUUACAAAUUCAUUAAAGAGGGUAAAGGAAAAUGGAAAUUAUGGUCGGACGAGUUAAUGAACUUACCACCGAUACCUCGUGACAUUCCAGUCAAUCAAAUAAUCGUCCCUACAGUUGAAACGAUACGUUAUACGGCACUGUUCAAACUUUUGGUACAACACGAAAAACCUGUACUUUUCGUCGGACCAACGGGUACGGGCAAAUCAGUUUACAUAAUUGAUUUUUUAUUGAAGAAGAAUAAUCCUACGGUUAACAAGCCAUUGUUCAUCAAUUUUUCCGCCCAAACUACGGCAAAUCAAACUCAAGAAAUAAUAAUGAGUAAACUUGACAGAAGACGAAAAGGAGUAUUCGGUCCACCGGUUGGUAAACGAUGGAUUAUUUUUGUCGAUGAUUUAUCGAUGCCAUUGAAAGAAACUUAUGGUGCACAACCACCAAUAGAAUUGCUUCGUCAAAUGUUGGAUCAUUGGCAAUGGUACGAUUUAAAAGAAAUAAUACCAAUUAAAUUAAUCGAAAUACAAUUGAUGUGUGCUAUGCCACCACCUAUUGGUGGUGGCAAGGAUAUUACCCCACGAUUCAAAAGACACUUUUUCACCUUAACGAUAUCCGAUUUUGAGGAUGACGUUAUGAUUAUGAUAUUCAGUAAAAUUAUAUUAUGGCAUCUUGAUACAAGAGGUUUUAGCAAAGAAUUUGAUCCGUGUAUCGAUCAGAUUGUAUUAGCAACUUUAAAUGUUUAUAAAGAAAGUCUUCAAAAUCUUCUACCUACACCAGCUAAGUGCCAUUAUAUGUUCAACCUACGUGAUUUUUCCAGAGUUAUACAGGGAAUACUUUUGUCAGUUCCCGAAGCAAUGUCUACAUUGACAAGUAUGAAAAGAUUAUGGGUUCAUGAAAUAUUACGCGUAUUUGGUGAUAGAUUGGUAGAUGAUUUGGAUAUGAAUUGGUUAAUCGAACAAUUGCAUUUGACAUUGAACAAACAUAUGGAAAUAUCGAUGGAAGAAUUGUUCGAUGAUUUUCUUCAAUCUAGCUCAACUGGCAAGAUCACCGAAUACGAAUUGAGAAAAUUAUUAUAUUGCGAUUUUGCCGAUACAAAAGCUGACGUACGUGUGUAUAAAGAAGUAACUGAUUUAGAACAAUUACGAGAAAUUGUAGAAAAUUUUUUAACGGAAUAUAAUACCAUGUCGAAAAAACCAAUGCAAUUAGUUUUGUUUCGUUUUGCCAUAGAACAUUUGUCAAAAAUCUCACGGAUCAUCAAGCAACCAAGAAGUCAUGCUCUUUUAGUUGGCGUUGGUGGUUCGGGAAGACAAUCAUUGACCAGAUUGGCAUCUCAUAUUUGCGAUUACGACGUUUUUCAAAUUGAGAUUAGCAAGCAAUAUGGCGUUAACGAAUGGCACGAAGAUAUUAAAGCGAUCAUGCGUAAAGCAACUGCUACUGAAUUACAUUCGACGUUUCUUUUCACUGAUGUUCAAAUAAAAGAGGAAAGCUUUUUAGAAGAUAUCAGCAAUAUGCUGAAUUCAGGAGAAAUACCUAACAUAUUCAAUAACGAAGAAAAAGCUGAAAUUUGCGAGAAAAUGCGACAAAUCGAUCGACAACGGGAUCGAACUUUACAAACAGAUGGUAGUUUAGUUGCGUUAUUUAAUUUGUUCGUUCAAAUAACACGCGAUCAGCUUCACAUAGUUGUCGCCAUGUCACCGAUCGGUGAUGGUUUUAGAAAUCGAAUUAGAAAGUUUCCAGCUUUGGUUAAUUGCUGUACCAUCGAUUGGCUUCAAGCAUGGCCAGAGGACGCGUUGAUAGCAGUGGCAACGAGAUUUUUAUCCGAAAUCGAAUUAUCUGAUCACGAAAGACAAGUUGGAAUAGACAUGUGUCGUUUUUUUCACGUGUCAACAGAAAAAUUGAGCGUUGAAUUUUUAACACGUCUCAAUAGGCACAACUAUGUAACACCAACGUCUUAUCUCGAGAUGAUCAAUACUUUCAAGGACCUUUUAAACAAGAAAAGACGAGAAAUAUUACUCACCAAAGCACGAUACGAAGGUGGUUUAGGUAGAUUAGACGGUACGCAACAUCAGGUCACUGAUAUGCAAGAAACUUUAAGAGAAUUACAGCCACAAUUGGUAACUGCUACUCAGGACGUAGAAAAAAUGUUGAUUGACAUUGAAAGGGAAAAUCAAGAGGUAGCAGAAUUUGAGAAAAUAGUUAAACUCGACGAAGCAGCUGCCCAGGCUGUAGCUGACGAAGCAGCCGCAAUUAAAGCAGAAUGCGACGCGAGUUUGGCAGAAGCAAUGCCAUUUUUGUUAACUGCUCAAGCAGCUCUAGAUACUUUAACUUUACCAGAUAUUGCAGUAGUCAAAGCUAUGAAACAUCCACCUUAUGGUGUUAAACUUAUUGUAGAAAGUGUUUGCGUUCUUAAGGAAAUAAAACCGGAUAGAAUACAAACAAAGGAAGGUUCAACGGAAGAUUAUUGGAGGGCUGCAUUAAGAAUGCUAAGCGAUACUAAAUUUCUCGAUUCUUUGUUGAACUUUGACAAAGAUAAUAUACCGGAGAAAGUAAUAGAAAAUAUUAGAAAAAAUUAUUUGACAAAACCCGAAUUCGAUCCGGAAAAAGUGAAAAAAGUAUCUACCGCUUGCGAAGGACUUUGUCGAUGGGUCAUAGCUAUGUCGGAAUACGACAAAAUAGCAAAAGUUAUUGCACCGAAAAAGAAAGCUUUGGCAGAAGCUGAAGCAGCUUAUAAAGAAGCAUUAGAUGCGUUAAAUUUAAAACGUCAACAAUUAAAAGAAGUUCAAGAUAAACUGGCAGCUCUCGAAGCAUUGUUGAAUCAAAGAAAGGCAGAAUUUCAGGCAAUGUCGGAUCAGGUUACCGAUUGCGAAGUAAAAAUAAAACGUGCUGAAGAACUUAUUGGCGGAUUGGGUGGAGAAUACACACGUUGGUGGCAAUGUGCUGAAGAACUCGGGGAUAGAUAUUUUCGACUAACUGGAGACGUUAUUAUCGCUUCUGGAGUUAUUGCUUAUCUCGGUCCAUUUACAAUGCCAUACCGUGUACGUCAGAUCACGGAAUGGGUAGAAUUAUGCAAUAAUUUGAAAGUUGUAUGCACUAAAGAUUUCCAAUUGCGAGAGGUUCUAGGUGAUCUUGUUUUAAUAAGAGAUUGGAAUAUAUUUGGAUUACCAAGCGACAUAUUUUCUGUUGACAAUGGUAUCAUCGUUACAAAUGCUAGAAGAUGGCCAUUGAUGAUAGAUCCACAAAAUCAAGCAAAUAAAUGGAUUAAAAAUAUGGAAAAAACUAACAAUCUCAGUAUCAUUCGAUUAACACAAUUGGAUUACAUCAGAGUUUUAGAAAAUGCUAUUCAAUUUGGUCAACCAGUUUUAUUAGAAAACAUUGAGGAAGAAUUAGACGCUAUAUUAGAACCUAUCCUUUUAAAACAAACGUUCAAACAAAGUGGUGCAUUGUGUAUUAGAUUAGGCGAUACCGUUGUUGAAUAUAACAGUAAUUUUAAACUCUACAUAACAACAAAAUUGAGAAAUCCUCAUUACUUACCAGAAAUAACGGUUAAAGUUACUUUAGUAAACUUUGUGAUUACACUGGAAGGAUUGGAGGAUCAAUUGCUUGGUAUAGUUGUUGCUAAAGAAAGGCCAGAUUUGGAAGCUGAAAAAAAUGCGCUCAUUUUACAAAGUGCUACGAAUAAAAGAUUAUUGAAAGAAACGGAGGAUAAAAUUUUAGAAGUAUUGUCCGUGGCCGAAGGUAAUAUUCUCGAAGAUGAAGAUGCAAUCGAUGUAUUAACAUCAUCGAAAAAUUUAAGCGACGAUAUUCACGUAAAACAGGCGGCCACCGAGGUUACCGAAAAAUCGAUCGAUGCAGCUAGACUUCAAUAUACACCGAUUGCUACUCAUUCAACCGUAUUAUUUUUCACUAUAGCAAUAUUGGCAAAUAUUGAUCCGAUGUAUCAAUAUUCAUUAGUAUGGUUCGUCAAUCUUUAUAAUAUGGCAAUUGAAAAUACUGACCCAUCGGAUAGUUUGGAACAACGUUUGAAAGAUCUCAUCGAAUAUUUCACUUAUUCGCUUUAUCUCAACAUAUGCAGAUCUCUGUUCGAAAAGGAUAAAUUAUUGUUCUCUUUGCUUCUCGUUAUUAAUUUAUUGAAACAACAAGAAAAACUUCCUACAUUUCAAUGGAUUUUUCUUUUAACGGGUGGUGUUGGCCUUGAUAAUCCUUAUGUUAAUCCAACCACAUGGUUGCCUGUUAAACAAUGGGACGAAUUAUGUCGGCUUGACAAAGUCGAAGGAUUUUUUGGUAUUAGAGAAAAUUUUAUCGAGAAAAACGAAGAAUGGAAAGUAGUGUUCGAUUCGAAGGAACCGCAAAAUACGAAACUUCCAAUUCCAUACGACGAUAUCAAUUUGUUUCAAAGACUCCUGGUAUUGAGAUGCAUUAGACCGGAUAAAAUCAUACCAGCUGUACAGAAUUUCAUUGAAGCUGAACUUGGUCCAAAAUUUGUUGAGCCACCUACGUUCGAUUUAGCUUCUUCAUAUGCCGAUUCGAAUAAUUGCAUUCCAUUGAUAUUUGUGUUAACUCCCGGUGCUGAUCCAGCUCAAGUGUUGCUAAAAUUUGCUGACGAUCAAGGCUAUGGAGCUAGUAGAUUAUUUUAUUUGUCUUUGGGACAAGGUCAAGGACCAAUCGCUGAGGAAUUAAUAGAAGACGGUGUUGUUUAUGGUAAUUGGGUGGUCUUGCAAAACUGCCACCUCGCCAAGAGCUGGAUGCCAACCUUGGAAAGGAUUUGCGAAGGUUUUAUGCCUGAUGCAAUACAUCCGGAAUUUCGAUUAUGGUUAACUAGUUAUCCAGCUGAACAUUUUCCCGUUUCUGUUCUUCAAAAUGGUAUUAAAAUGACUAACGAACCUCCCAAAGGAUUGAGAGCUAACAUCAUUCGAUCCUACACGAAUGAUCCUAUAAAUGAUCCUGACUUUUUUGAAUCAUGCAGUAAGAGUGAAACAUUUAAAAAAUUACUCUACUCUUUAUGCUUCUUUCACGCAAUCGUACAAGAAAGAAGAAAUUUCGGUCCUAUCGGUUGGAAUAUACCUUACGAAUUUAAUGAAACUGAUUUGAGAAUAAGUAUUUUACAAUUGCACAUGUUUUUAAACGAAUACGAAGAAGUACCGUUUGAAGCACUCCAAUAUCUUACCGGAGAAUGUAAUUAUGGUGGUAGGGUUACCGACGAAUGGGAUCGUAGAACAUUGAAUACCAUUUUAAAAAUAUUUUAUUGCGAGGAAAUACUCGGGGAAAAAAUUUAUUACUUCGAUCCCUCUUCGAAAAUUUAUUAUUGCCCUGCAACGAGGGAACACGAGGCCUACAUGGAAUACACUAGAAAUCUUCCAUUAAUUACCUCGCCAAGUGUUUUUGGAAUGAACGAAAAUGCAGAUAUUAUUAAAGAUCAACACGAAACUUCGUUGCUUUUCUCUUCUCUUUUAUUAACUCAGGAGACGGUUAAAACUGGAACUGGGGCGAUGUCGAACGACGAGAUAGUCUUUAAUGUGUCUGCUGAUAUUUUGAGUAGACUUCCAGUGGAUUAUGAUCUUCAAGUAGCAAUCGAGAAAUAUCCAGUGUCCUAUAGUCAAAGCAUGAACACCGUAUUGGUACAGGAAAUGGGUCGUUUCAAUAAAUUAUUGAGCUGCAUACGAAGCAGCUUGAUUAAUAUUCAAAGGGCCAUAAAAGGUCUCAUCGUUAUGUCUUUCGAAUUGGAAGAUAUUUAUGGAACAAUAUUGAUCGGUAAAAUACCAUCCUAUUGGAUGCAACAUUCUUAUCCUUCUUUAAAACCUCUCGGUAGUUACAUAAAUGACUUUUUACAACGUUUGAUUUUUCUACAGAAAUGGUACGAUGAAGGUUCCCCUACGGCUUUCUGGUUAUCAGGAUUUUAUUUUACUCAAGCAUUUUUAACUGGCAGCAGGCAAAACUAUGCGAGAAAAUAUAGUAUACCUAUCGAUCAUUUGGUUUAUGACUUCAUUAUUCUCAAAGAAACUGUUUUUAAUACACCACCCGACGAUGGUGUUUAUAUUUACGGAUUAUUUCUGGAUGGCGCUAGAUUUGAUAAAAAAGAUAUGAAAUUGGAGGAAAGCAUACCCAAAGUUCUUUACGACGAUAUGCCAUUUAUGUGGUUACUACCAACAAAAACGGAGGAUAUCAAGGAAAGACAAAUUUAUACUUGUCCUGUUUAUAAAACGAGCGAACGUCGAGGAGUAUUAUCGACUACGGGACAUUCGACAAAUUUUGUUAUAGCUAUGUGGUUACCCACAAUAAUGCCAUCAGAACAUUGGAUUAUGCGAGGAGUUGCACUGCUUUGUCAAUUAUCAGAAUAAAAACAUUUUAUUAUCAAUUAAGGCGGGUUUAUUUAAAUUUUCUUCGAUAUUUGUCUACCCAAUCGAUAGAGGGCGUUGUAGACUGUU